CAAUGGUCGACCAACAUUCAGCGUUUAAUGUCGCUUUGCUUGAAAUUAAUGUAAGUGUAGUGACAUUUCAGAUGUCACUGCGAGGCACGGCGUGCGAUGCAUCGUCAUCGCGGACACCCCGUAGGUGGGUGUAGUACCAGCCCUAGAGGGGGCUCUGUGAGCUCUGGGAUAGCGCUCAGUGGCACCACGCAUGGCGUGCAGUGCCGACUCCUACAGGAGGGAGUGUGAGAGUGUCAGCCAGGGGAUGAGGUUACCCCAGGCCAUGGCACUCUGGUUGACCCUGGAAGGCACGUGACAAGUAAGAUCUACACAGGGGCCCCAGGCGGGGGGCUUGGGGGUGGUCACGUGUCAGGGUGAGAUCCUACGGGAAGAGUCGAGAACCGACGAGAGGUUUUUCGAAGGUGGCCGUGGCCAAGGGCGGGGCCAGCCACGACCCGGGAGCAUAUAAAUGGGGUUCCCACAGGGACCGGGGCUCUGCGUUGCUGUUGUCAUCUGAAGAUCUACGAUCUACGUUCUAUGUCCAAGAGAAGAAGUCGCCAACACGUGGACGAGGACCCCAGCUGGGGUCUUGUCCGUUGUAGCUACUCCCAGUAACUAGCGUAGUUAGCCUGGUGGUCCACCACCAUAGGUUAUCUGGUAAAGGGGCAGUAACCCCUUUGUGUUAAUGUGAUGGUGUAAAUAAAUGUGUUGCCUCCAAGAAGUAUGUCUGCGACUCAAUGACCUGGUAAAGUAAAAUAUUUAGGACGGACCUCUAGAGGGAGCGCUGGAGCGAAUGUGGCCUCCUCUUCUGGGCGGUGGUGACGACACGCGCCUCCAAUGCAGUGAUGCACUGUGGGAGCCAGCGAGGGCACGAGCUCCUUCUAUGUGUCUGGAGCCAGAGCAGAGGGGACGGGGCUGCGACGUGACCCGGGGUUGUGCUGUGCGUCCUGGAGACACGUUCUUCAGCAGCUGAAGUCAGCUUCCUGAAGGCACAGAAUGCCGCUGGGGCUUCACGCCAACGUGACGGAGGGCGAGCCCGUGUGCCGGACUCUGCCCCGCUCGGGGCGUGGGCUGCUGCUGCUGCCGGGGGGCACGUUCCGCGGGAUUGCGGGUUUCCGGGAGGCAAUGGACCGCGGGGACAUUGACCCCAAGGAGCUGGAGAUGGAGUUAACCGCACAGAUGGAUCGCUUCCGCGAGCUCACGGGCUCCUGGCCGCGGCACGUCGAUGGCCACCAGCACUUCCACGUGCACCCAGGUGCGUGCGUGGCGUUUGCGCGCGUGUUGCGCGCGUGCGGCACGGUGAGCACGCGCGUGCCCGUGGAGGCCUGCGCGGGCGGCGCCGCGGCGUGCCCGUGGAUCUCGGCGGAGAAGAGGGAGUUCUUCUCCAGCGUUGAGCGGCAGGCGGGCGCGGCGAGGGCGGUGUUCAGCCAGCACGGCCUGCGCUGGGCCCGCGCCUUCGUGGGGAUGAGCACCAUGGGCGCGCACAUGACGCUCGAGCGUCUGCAGACGGCGCUCGCGGCCGCCUGCGAGCAGCUCGAGGAGGGGCCGGUGGCGGACGACGCCGGCGAGGACGACGGUGCCACUCGCGCGUCCACGGUCGAGGAGCAGGCGGACGAUCGCCCAACCAAGCCGGAGCGCCAUCGGGCGGCCGUCGUAGAGCUCAUGGCGCACCCGGGCUACCGGAGCGAGGGCCGCCCGGAUGGCGCGGCGGUGGUGGCGGGCUGCGGGCCCGACGGUCCGGACGAGUUCUCGAUGUCGGAGGAGCGAGAGCACGAGAUGCGCACGCUCGCGCGCCCAGAGCUCGCGCAGUUUCUCACAGAGAGUGGGAUUCGGCUGUGCUCCUUCGAAGAUCUGUAGCUGGCCUCAUGUGCGUGGGCGCGAGCUUGGUACUAAAGCCACCAAAUUUCUGGGAGGCUCAACCGGGACACGUGGCGAGCCAGCUCCACCCACACGGCGAGCGGCCUACCUCGCUCAUGCUUACAUUGGUCUAAACUUACCGCCCCAUAGGCCUCGCUCAAGUCGAGCACAUGGCCAGAAACACGCGAUUAGCUUCGGGACAGCGGGAAGGCCCUUCUCAAAAACCGGGCCGGUCUUAGCCAAACCAGGCUAUUCGGUAGCUGUAGCACGCACAGAUCCACGUGCACACUGGCUCACAGCCGUGCACCAGUAGCCAUGGACUGCCACACCCCAUGCGUGACACAGCCUCGUGUGCACAGUGUCGGUGUUGAUAACUUAGAUGCCACUACCACCUGGGUUGUUAAAACUAAUAAAAAAUAAUAUUUUACCAGGUAAGGCCCACUGAGCUCGAUUGCUAAACUAAGUGGCUCAUCACGUGGAAAUGUCUUUCAGCCAAAUACUCUAAACGCACUUAAAUCUAUAAAGGCGGGAAAAACCGGAAGACCCGGGAGAAAAAUUCAUGGGGAGUUAAAGCCGGGGUCCAACUGUUGUCAACCGUGCACUGCACUACCACCUCCGUCACACAACCAGUGGCCAGGUUCUGGAAUCUAUGGAGCGAUAUUGCCCUUGUGGUACAGGCUGUGGCUGGGUGUUGGUAACUGCGGAGCGAUGUUUCCCGUGUGGUACAGGCUGUGGCUGGGUGUUGGUAACUGCGUAGCGAUGUUUCCCGUGUGGUACGGCUCUGGCCGCGUGUUGGCGUCUGUAGAGCACUCCCGCCCGUGUCGACCCCAGCACACCGCCCGCCGUGGAGCAGCCCGCCGCCGGGUGUCCAUGGCUGUAGACUGUUACUGCCUCUGCGGAGCCUCACAGCAUCAGUCUAACGCCACGGGCGCCCGGGCAGCGGAGAACGAAGCGCGGCAAGGGAGGGGCAGGCGGAUGUGCGGCGCGGGGGAGGGGUUAAAACCGAACGAGUCAUGUGGUGAUGGCAGCGCACAGUGUGACAGAGCACCUAUUGUAGAGAUAGAGUCUCAAAACGAUCGUCUGCGAAUGACAGUCCAUAAUCCAGCUGCUGCUGCUGCCGCCACACGUUGGGUCACGGUGGCGACCGUAAUAAUUCUAAUUCAGUUGCGUUGCACUGAAAAGGCCCACUGAACAAAAUUCAUCCAGGAGCCCAAUCUCGGACGCAAAGCAGAGGUUGAGCUUGGCUAGGGCUUGGUGCUGUAGGCUGGCUACAGCACCUCCUAGGCAGUGGUGGAAACUCCACAGGUCACAUGGUGGCAGCCAGCCAGUCUCUCCGCGAGAUGGCCACUGUAGAUUGCCAACAACUUGUUACCACUUUACCCACCCUGUAUACUGGAGUGCAGCUAAUGAGCUACACCUACCCUCCUGCAGUAAGUAUCUCGCCAAUCAAACUGAAUUAUUAGGGGUGCCGUUACGACGCAUUAACAUUGAAUGGACACCCGUCUAAUGUCACUGUAAUACACGAACGAAUUUUUGUUUACAAAAUCGCCUCUUCAAACUGUGGAAAGUUUGUAUGGGGGUCAGUAAUGUGAUAUCCGCCACCGACUGUGCAGUUUAUGCGUGUUGUUCCAAAAUGAGAUUGUAUUGAAUAGGAAAUGGAUCGUCUAUUCCUUAGAAUUAGGACGAUUUUCCGUACUCUGUACUUUAAAGCAAAAGUUGUGGGUUCAUCUUAUAAUCAAAAUCGGUGUCCGUACGUGUGCCUGGCACCAAAUCUGUCUUCUAUUGCGAAUGUCAGCGAUGUGAUUCAGGAGCUCGAUGGCCAUGUCGAGGUUUGCUGCUGCUCAUCACGAAGAGAGGGCUCCAUCAGCGAGAUAGAGAGGGAGUUCGUGUCGUGUCGCUGUUCCUCUUCCUCCUCCGUUGAUGAGUACAGACCGCAGUGGGUUUACUGUGCGUGUCCAAAGCGCGGGUUAAAUGGCCACAAUCACACUGUCGUUGCUCUGUAAUGUAUCUGUAUGGGUGUCUGUGUAUCUUUCAGUGCUUGUGGGUCUAUAUGCAUCUCUAUAGGCCUCUGUGUUUACUAUAUAUAUAGUCCAUAGUUUGGGUUGCAUGGCCACAAAAUCACACUGCUGUGGUUUGUCUCGAGUGUUCCGUUCCUGUGGUGCGCACUGGCCUGCUGAUGAUCUAAUGAAACGGCUGGAUGGCUACACCACCGGUGUCUUCGAGGAGGAGUGUCAAAACCGGGAGGUGUGCAAUGAUGUUUGGGAGGCGUUUAUUUCGGACGUCCGCAUCGUUCCACUCCGGAUCUGUCGAACUUUGGGCACGGAGUGCACACGUUUGGGGUUCGCUUUGCUUCCCGGAAGGUGUCAUGACAUCGGGAGAACACGGU